UGUAGUUCACGAGCGCCGUUUGCUCAUAUUUGUCCAGCGUUUGUCAUCGCAGUUCCAGUUCCAGUUCAGCCGUCAGCCGGUUGAAAGCAGCGGACGCAUCGAACGUCUGCGUGUGUGUGUGUGGGGACACUGAAAUAAGCGAUAAAAACGAUUUGUUUAUAAACGAAACAGCGAACAGCAAAAAUUGGCAAACCUGAAAAGUUGCCGACAGAAGAACAGCAACAAACAACGAUGGACAUGCAUUUAAAUAAAAUUUAAAAGCGAAUUCAAAGUGCACAUAUAUUUUGGCUAAGUGUGUGAGCGAGUACAUGUGUUUGUGAACGAAACAAAUUGACAAAAAUGUUUAAUUUGCUGCGACGCACGCGUCAAAGAAAAGCGCACAAAAACAAAAACUACGAUGUAAGCGACGAAGAGGAAGCAAUACAAACGAAAAUAACAACAACAACAACACCGCCAACAGCCAGGAGCGCUGAGCAAGAGAACAGUAAUGGCAGUGAGAGCCGUUGCCUAUUCAGCGCCAGAGAGAGUGACGCUGAGCGACGAAGAGAGUGCGAGCCGAAGAGCGAAGUGCGUUUGCCUACGCAGGCAGCAAGACGCGCUGUGAUCGAAGAGCUGGAGGACUUAAGCAGCGACGACAACGACGAAGAGCGGCCAUGUGUAAAUUUAGCUAAAACAGCUGCGGCGACAGCUACAGCAGCAGCUAAUGGCCAUUCAGCGAUCUCUUGGCGCUCCGACAAUUUGAAUAUAAAUAACAUGGGCGCAGGCAAUGGGGCGACAGCGGCGAGGACGACGUCUGUUGUUGUUGAUGAUGAACAUGAUGAUCGAAAUGGUGGUGAUGGUGCUGCUGGGCAUGGCAGCGCGACCAGUCCAAACGAGUCAGCCAGCGCGAACGCAAAAGCAAACAACGUCGACGGUCGGCCAAUUGGCAUUAGCAUUGGCCAAACGAAACGCAACAAUAACGGGCCAAUUACCGAUGGCACGGUAAUUGAUGCGAGCGAUACGGUUAUUUAUCGCAGCCAAUCGAAGCAUUCGAACGAAUUGAAACGACAAUCGCGUCUAUCGCUGGGAAACUUUGCGCUGCAUUUGAGUGGCAGCAGGGACAUUGACAGUGCCACAGACACAGAUUCGGUGCACAAGAAGCGCAAAGCGUUGCAAAAGAGUCGCGAUUUUCUCACAGAUAUUUUCAUGGCGCGUGGACGUAAUCAUCAGCGCCAGCAGCGAAAUCAACAGCAACAGCAGCAACAGCAGCAGCAACAUCAAUCGAAAUCCAAAACAUCUAUCGACGACAACGUAAUCGCCAUUGGGCAGACACUGGCAGCACACCUUGAAACGAACUCCGACCCCGCGACCGCGUCCACAAAUAGUUAUCAAAUGACUAUGUCUAAUAAUAGCACACAGUUGCGGCAGAGCGCGGCCAAAGAGCGUGAGCGUGAGCGCGAGCGAGAACUUGAAGGAGAGCGCGAGCGAAACGACAGUAAUUCAGCUGGAGGAACGCGACAGGAGCAGCUGGCAAAAGAGAGCCGCCAGCUGGCGAGAGAGGAGCAGCAACGAGAUGCGCAUAGAGCAGCGAGUGCCAAUUUUAUUCAAGCGGCAAACGUCGAGCUGUGCACUGUCGCGGAAGAUCAGCCAGACGCUGCAGUACUGCCGCAGCAACAACAGCAGCAGCAGUAUCAGCAGCAGCAACAGCAGCAGCAGCAGCAACAACAGCAACAACAACACAAUGACAUAAUCUCUAAGAACAUGGGCCAGACCAGCACCAAGCCCAACGAGUGCACACAGUCGGCGCAUAGCUCACGCGCCAGCACGCCGCGUGAGUUUCGUGAGUCGAUUGUGAGCGAGCCACAGAGCGUGCCCGUGGCGCCGCCGCGUCACCAGCACCAACAGAAACAGCAAACACAACAGGAAGUGCCCAAAAUAACCGUCGUCGACUGCAGCUUCGAGCAGAGUCCAAGCCAAAGUCCUCAGACGGCGGAAGUGUUCUAUGACUUCGAGAGCCAGCCACAAUGCCACGGCCUCAACAUCGAGGAGCUGAAUGAGGCACACGAAGAGACGCUCGAAGAUGAGGUAUUUGAUAUACCCACAACUAUCUAUCAGCAGCAGGCGAACGGCAUACCCCGACCCUGGACGCGCUUGACUAAUGUCAAGCUGGAGAAUGUGCAGGAGGAGGCCGAAGAGGAGGAUGAUCCACAAGCCGAGCCGGAGCCCGAGGACGAUGAGCUCGACGAGGCGCUCGAUCUCGAAUGCGAUGACCAUGGGCGUGGCACGCCCAAUGGUUCGCGCCAAUCGGCGAGCAGCGAACGCAGCGCGCUCAAAAGCGAUUCCAAUCUAAGCAGCAGCUAUGCCGACUCGGGCAUCGGCAUGGGCCUGGGCGUGGCUGCUAACGAGUCACAGCCAGCAGAGCGGCAGCAGCAGCAGCAGCAGCCGGUGCAGACGCCAACGUCACGUAGCGCUGCAGCGUUGCAGCCACGGCACACGCCCUUCGUGCGCGACGGCAACUCAACAUCCACCGACUGCGACUGCGAGGAGCUGUUGCUGCAGUGCGACGAACUCGACGAUGAGCAGCAGUUCGACGAGCGUUUGGUCUGCAUCGAGAGCAUUAGCCUGCCCGACGUCGUUGUCGAGUCAACGACCGUCACAGCGCAAGCAAAUGCCAGCAGCAGCAGCAGCAGCAGCAGUGGCGGCAACAACAACAACAACAGUGGCAACAAUGGAGAUGGCCAUCUGAAUAUCAAUAUUACCAAUGGCGCCGGCGGCAAUAGCCUCGGCAAUGUGCAUUUCAUACCGAUACAUAUCGAGGGCUCAGCUGCUGCUUCUGCCGCUGCGGCACGCAGUCGCAGCAACAGUCCCAAGCAGCGCAGUUUGGACGACAGCUGCAUAGGACGCAACAUGCCGCCCAGCGUUGAGAUCGUCGAGGAUGGCAGCGUGCUCAACAAUCAGACGGACAGCAAUCGCGAAACCCUGGAGCUCAAAAAGGAGCUGAAGGCGCAGAAGGCGCGUUUUAGCACACAGCUCGAGGAUGCGCACAAAAAUGUUCAGAGUCUGGAGAGCAAAGUGAGCGAUAUGCAGUUGAAGAUACAGAAUCUAGAGCAUGAGCUCUCGCAGAAGCAAUGGAAUGUGGACAGACUCCAAGGAGAGCUUACGGCGGCGCAAAAGGACGAUGAAUACGUGCGCAAAAAGCUGAAGCUGCUCGAGGACGAAAAGGUUCAUCUGCGGCACAAAUACAGCGACGAUGAGGACGAAUUUCGACGCAAAUACAAUACUUUGGAGGCGCAGUACAACGAACUAACCGAAAAGUACAAACAGACGCAGAGCCUGGCAAACAGCCUGCAGACACAGCUGGCAGCUGCUCAGGUCGAGCUGGGCCAGUGGGCCAGUGAGGUGAACAAAAUACGUGAAGAGCUGGAGGAACAAAUACGCAUACUGCGAAAUGCACUCGAGAACUCCGAGGCGGAGCGCAAAAUCUGCGAGGACAAGUGGCAAACCGAGUUCGAGCUGCUCAGAACACACAACAGAGAGCGCGAGGACACUCUGAUGUCGGACUGUGAGUGGCAGAUGCGGCAGAUGCAGCGUCAGUGGAAGGACAAAAUGGACAAAUCCAAUUACGAACGCAAACAGGCAUCGGCCAAGGCCGAGGAACUGGAGCUGGAGCUGCAAUCACGUCGCAAGGAGGCGGACAGCUUGCGCAUUUGCCAGGCACAGGUGAAGUCGCUGAGCGGUGUCGUCAGCGAGCAGGAGCGCUCCAUACAGACGCUCAUGGAGCGUAUCGACAAUCUGAAAGGCGAACUCGAAGUGGCCAACAGCAAUCUGGAGACACAGAUCGAGGCUGUGCACAAGAUUAAGUAUCAGUGUGAUAACGCCAUUUACGAUAAGGAGCGUCAAAUGAUCUAUCGCAUCGAUGAGGUGCGCAACGAAGCUGCCGCCUUUUGGGAGAGUAAACUUUACACAGAGAUGACAAGACUGACAAAUGAACUGGAAUCCGUUUACGUGGACGAGCGACGCGAUGCCUUGGACAAGCUGCAGGCGGAGCACAUUGAGGAACUGCGCGCGCUGACCAAUCGCUACACGGCCAACGAGGAGGAGCUGCGUGCCGAGAUCGAUGAGCUGACCGAGAAUCUGGAGCUGAAGAAACAGGACUUUCUGUCGCUGCGCGAGCGCUCGGAUAAUGCGCUGCUGCAGACGCGCAUGCACCUGGAUAGAGCCGAUCGUGAGUAUCAGAAUGCCAUGUGCCGCGAGGAGGAUCGACGCGUGGAGCUGGAGGAGAAGCUGCGCAAGGAGUUCGAAGCGGAAAAGGAGGAAAUGGAGGAGAAAUUCCGAGAACGUUUGGGUCAAGUCAAGGAGGAGUUUGCCAAAGAGCUGCAGCUCUCCACGCAGGAUAUGAUCGAAGCGCAUCGCAAGGAGCUGGAGAGCCAAAGGGCCAAGCUGCAGAGCGAACGCGACGAGGCGAUACAGGAGUUGGUCGAGCGACAUCGCGCCAAAAUGGCCGCUGCCGAGGAACGAAUCAACGAUGUAGAGCUUCGGCACCAGCGCAAUCUGAAGGAUCUGAAGGCCGCCUACGACGCUGAGAAGGCGGCGCUGGACAAACGCGACAUUAGCAACGCCAACGAGAUCGAGCAACUGCAUCGCAAGUGCCGCUGCCUGACCAAUCUCUUCGAGGAGAUGCGCAUGCGCUACGAGCGACGUGAUCCGCGCGCCGAGGACCUGCGCGAGAUAUCGGAGCUGCGCCAGCGCUGUGAUAGCCAGGAGCGGGAUCUGUUUGUGCUGACGGACAGGCUGCGCGAUAUGCAGAAUCAAAUGUCCGAGCAGCAGCAGCAGCAGCAGCAGCAGCAGCAGCGAGGCAAUGCGCUCAAGAAGCCGCCAUCCAAGACCUUGGCCAGCAGCUGUGAUGUCAUCUACGAGGAGAACGAGGAGCGUGAAUCGCCCGAGCAUGAGGUGAACGGCAACGGCGCCGCCUCCUCCUCCUCCAGCCAGGACGACGGCGACGAGGAGGAGCCGGGCGAACAGGAGCCCAGCGAUACGGAAUCGAAUCACACAAUCGAAAUCAACGGCAAAUGCAAAGAUCACAUCAACGAGGACGACGCCCACAUGAUCUCCGCUGUCUGAGCGCUUCAGUAGGGGACGAAUCUCCUUCGGUUGACCUUGAAACUGACUUGGACUCCGCUGCAACCGAGGCGCCACUCACGCCGAGUUGCCAGUCGCAGCGCCACCUUCACUCACUAACCCCACGCCGAUCCCUAGAGCCGCCCCAACUGUCCUCUAAUCCUGCACCAUUGAGAGUUUCCAAAACAAAAACUAAACUAAAUAAAAAUUGUAAAAAACAAUUUGGUUUAAAAA